AUGUCAACUAUAACGCCGUCUGAAGCUGGGCGCGCUCCAACUUGGGAUGCUGUUGUGCAGGAGCGAAGUGCACAAGUCCAUCAUCAGACUGCUUUCAUCCCACGCUCUACCCUUGUUGACAGCCCUCGUACACGACGAAAUACCCUUAACGACGCUGGCCCAUUAUUGAAUAGGCAGAGUUACAGCAACGUCAACAUAGAUGUUCCAUUGAAUACGCAGUCUUCGCUGCAUAUGCAGGUCACACAUGACGGUAAGGUCCUUGAACUAGUUGCUCGAUUGGAGUUGUAUAGCGGUUACUCUGACGCCUGCGAAGGAUCUCACGAAGACCAUGCCGAUCGGACUACUAGUCUCGAUACGAUCGCUGUGAAUCAUCAGGAGCAGGCGGAGCAUCAGUCCGCCGCGCACACAGUCAGCACAUCAGGUCACAGUCCUCGCAAGCCCAUUCCCACCCAGUGGCUACCCAAGAGCACUGGUCCCAACCUCGCAACAGCCCAGCGUGCGAAGGUACGGAAUUCCAAAAAUAGCUGGGGCAGUGACUCUCCAGAAGAAGUCAAGAUACUACGGGGAACGCGUAGUUCAAUCGAUCUGGGAAGAACACAUGGCAAGGAAGGUGCAUUAUACCUCACAAAGGAGGCUCUGGCUGGCAUCAAUAGCACCAUAGCAUCACCCACAUCUCCGCUCAGCCCUAGCACACUACAUGGCUCUCCAACAAAGCGACCAUGGAACAUCCCUACCGGGUCGCCCUUACGUGGCAGCGCGCGGCAGCAGCAUCUUUCCACCAGGAUGUCACCCAACAAGUCGACGCACCUCAACAUCGAGUCGAUCUCAACAGCACACUCGCGAGCAUCUAGCAGUGUUGCUACUUCUACUGGCCGGGUUUCGUUUCAUACUGGAGAGGGGUCGCCAGUAAGGAGUCCUGCAAGCACGGAGCAUAGCUUCCAAUCUGCUGCAGAGAAUCCCGAAGACCUCGAUGUUCCCAAUUUUGAUCUGAAGGCUAACAAUGAUGAUGAGCAGAUGCAUCAAGAAUCCGCCAGUCCGCGUUCCACAACCGCGGGAGCGAACACAGAUGGAAAACGGAGUUCCCUGACACCGAAACUUGCGCUUAGAAUCCCUGUAUCUCAAUCAAACCAGGAUUUCCACGAGAGCUUUCUAGCAGCACCAACAGUAACUCCGGAUGGCUCUCAUAUGUUUCACAGUCCGCUAAGCCCGGAUUCACCCACACCGGUGUCUCGUAUUCCACGUGCUGGUGCCACCAGCAAGAUCGCGAUUCCCCCUCGAAGUCCCACCAUCAAGCGAGCCGAGUCGGUGCAGUCUUUGCAAUAUAAGCUCAAGAUGUUACAGGCUAUGCAACUAGAUGCGACAAAGGUGCCUCUACCCGAAACGCCAAAGCCUGUGCCGGCCCCUCUACGUCAUGUCCGUACCGUCGAUAGCACCGGUUCAACUUCGACUCUCUCACGAACGUUUGGAUCUCAUGAUAGUGAUCGAACGACCGGCACUGCUUCCGAGGAUGAGCAGAAACACCCAGCUCACGUUGACAGUCCCGCCAUUCUUGCGGACGUCAAUGUUCCAGAUCAGCCAAACAACAUUCCAACAUGCGAUGCUGACUAUGAUCACGUCAACAAGCUUACGAUCGAUCACGAGGCUUCUAAAAAGGCUAUGAAGCCAGAGAACGUACCUUGGGGUGUUCCAACGGCUUUUGAUCAUGGUAUGACACUCGCAUGUCUGAUCAGCAUGCCCACAAUCAUCGUUAAGAUUGCUCACAAUUUGUGCAUAGGAAACAUAAAUCUCGACGCCAAACAAGACGAGGCUACCUCUCCCUUCAAAAGCCAUAUCGAUGAUGUCGAAAACGUGACUUUUGUUCGAGGAAGAAGUGAACGGUAUGUACCUUAUGAGCGCAAACAAGGAAAUAGCGGACGUUCAACGCAAUCUAGCACGUGCUCUCUUCGUGCGACUGCUCCAGAAUUCGUACCCCGUCCUCCAACCACGACUAGCGUAAUCGAAGCUACUGCGGAAAACUCACCUCUAGUCUCGUCUCAUGACCUAGCUGGUUUGCCAGAUCCAACGGUACUCGAUAGAAACGGCAUACCGUUCCUGUGGUACAUGUACGGUGUGCAGUUUGCUUAUGAGCAAGGCUAUCGUAAUGGUCGUCCAAAACCGCCCAAGAAGUUCAAGCAGCCCAAAAAGCAGCACGCGUCUCUGUCUUCCUCUGUCAAUACUCCGCACUCUUCCUCCAAGGCGGUUCCCAUCACCAACCCCAGGCCAGCGGCUCCUCUUCCCGAGGCAGCGAAGCAGAGCUUGGCUUCUGCAGGGCCGAUGCCGCCACCACCUUUGCCUGCAAACCGACGUCAUGAACAGACUCGUCCAGAGAACUUUCGUCCUGGUUUCAAUGGAGACAUAUCGAGCUCGCACAUCGCCGAUGCUGAAACAAACCAGCCUUUUGCAAAUCAACUCAACAUGAUCUCUGAGCAGGUUGCCCUCAACAACUGCACGAACAGCAACGCUCCUCGUCACUUCAACGUCGAUCUCAGCACCUUGCGCAAUGUCGGCUUCCCGCCCGGUCCUCGCAACAUGCGCCCUCCCACGUACUACACAAUGCCUCGUCACGGUCACCGUAACAACCGUAGCAAUGGCUUAUAUGGUGGCUGCGGCAACGCCGGUGUCCCCAUCGAUGCUACGGCACCGUUCCCUAACCCUGUACCGCCGCAAGGCCGACCAGAUCAAGGUCAAACCCACGGCACUUCCCCCUUCGACUACUCUGGAUACACGAUUGGAAAAGAGUCUUGCAGUUUGGUCGACAUAACCGUCGCGACUGAGCGGGGUGGCGGCGAGCCAUGUAACGCGUGCGCUCCCGACCAUUGA